AUGGUUCCACUGUACCACUAACAAGUGCAUGCCAGAGCACAAACACUAAGCUGAGGUACAGGCAGAAUCUACCCGAUCUCUUUAAACGGAAUACUCACCUAUGGAGUACAGACAGACUGAUGCUCCUCCCUCGUAUGACUCCGUGAUGAAUCAGAACACGUCUCCACCUUCAUAUCCGAGUCUUCAGGUGUUGUCGGCUACCCAAAUCCAACCAUACUAUAUACCUCAGCCAACCCCACAAAUACCUGCUCCGUGUGUAGUUGAGACAAUCUCAACACAGAGAAGGCAUGUUCUCUCGUACAAGAGCAAAAGGUGUUGCUAUGGAGGGUCAGGUGGUUCUGCUUUUGUGGUAGUGCUGCUUAUAAUUGCAGUUGGGCUGGGAGUGCAUUAUGGGUCAUCACUGUGGACUCUCUCAGGCAAAGAUAAGGAAACAGACAUAUGCACCCCCUCAUCGGUCAACUGUGAUGGCAAGAGAGACUGCUCUCGAGGCAGUGAUGAAUCUCGCUGUGUGCGGUUUGGAACAGCAAAUGAAUUGCAGGUCAUGACCUCUAAGGCUGGGAGCUUCCUUCCUGUCUGUGCACAGGGCUGGAGUAAAAGCAUAGCUGACCAAACCUGCCAACAGCUUGGUUUCAGACAGAGUUAUGCUGUAGAUGUCUUGCAAAGCAGCUCAUCCGCCUUUCAAAGCUUGAACAGUCGGUUUUCAAACACUAUCCAAGGAAGCGUUAAUAUCAGUUCGUCCUGUCCUCUUCAGCAGACUGUGUCCCUGUGGUGUUGCGACUGUGGAAGGCCACCGGUCUCCACCAGGAUCAUAGGAGGAGCUGUGGCUGCUGAGGGUCAGUGGCCGUGGCAGGCCAGCCUGCAUUUCCGUGGGUAUCACACAUGUGGAGGAACUCUGGUGGCUCCAGACUUCAUCAUUACAGCUGCUCACUGCUUCCCCCAAGAAAUAUCUGACUAUCUGUUGCCUAGUAACUGGCAAGUGUAUAUUGGUAUGGUGUCGCAGCUCAAGCUUCCCAGUUCGUAUAAUGUCAAGAAAAUUACCAUACAUGAGAAUUACGACCCAGACACAAAAAACAAUGACAUUGCCUUGCUAAUACUCAACAGACCUGUCAGUAACAUACAGCCUGCCUGUUUGCCUGUGUUUGGACAGACCUUUUCUCCAGGCAGUAAGUGCUGGACCACUGGUUUUGGAGUUACAAGCAAAGGGAGUGAUAGUGGUUCCAUUUUUUUGAUGGAGGUUGCAGUAGACUUGAUAGACUUAGCUGUUUGUAACAAACCUACUGUUUACAAUGGACUAAUAACUGAGACUAUGCAGUGUGCAGGAGAUCUUAUGGGAGGGAAAGACUCCUGCCAGGGGGACAGUGGGGGUCCAUUGGUGUGUAAGGCUGAUGAUCGUUGGUAUCUCACUGGUGUAACAAGUUGGGGAGAUGGCUGUGGAAAGAAAAACCAUCCAGGUGUCUAUAGUAACGUAGGACGCCUUUUAACGUGGAUACAUGGCAAGAUGCAGCAGGAGCGACCAUGACCCUUUCUCAACCAUGAAGCGCAAAAUCUCGCAUUCUGCUCUGCUGCUUUGUGUACACAUCACAGGCAAACUUUUGUUUUCUAAUUUUUAAAAACAAAUGAAACAGUACAGUUGACUUGUACUUUUUAAAAGUAAAUAUUAAUUUCUGUUAUAAAGAUAUAAACUCACUAUUUAAUUUUUGAAGUUCCAACUGUAAUGAUAAUUUUAUCAAUAAGUUACAUUUUUAAAUGGUUGACAUAUAUUUUAUUAAAUUAUGAAAAGUUUCACACGCAUAGAAAAUGUUUGAUGGCAACAUAUGAAAUGUCUCAACAACCCUAACCAAACAAAUACAGACAUAUAACAUAAUGGACUUGGUGUUGUAUAGCAAUAUAGAGUAUAUAAAGUUGCAUUUUACAAGUUUAUGUCCAAGUUGAAAUAUAUAUUUAUAAAUAUUAGGUACAGGAGCUAUUAAAAUUGUGCCCUUGCUGUGAACUAGGCAUCUAACCUUAGGUUGCUCCAUGGGGAAUGUCCCUGUAAAAGGUGAAAUGUCAUGCCCUUUGAAAAAAAGCGUUGGCUGAAUGAUGAAUAUCUUGAUGAAUGAUGAAUAUGUGAACUUGUUCAGCAUGAUGACAUAAAUAUUAAUGUUUUUCUUUUUUUUUUUUCUUUUUUUUUUUUGGCAUUAAACUGUUUUUAGUACCAUUAGACAAACUUAAAAAAAUAAUAAUAAGAAGAAAAUGGUUUUAUUUUAUUUUAUGUAUCAUAUUUGAUAAAUUAGUCUUUAAAGGUCAUUAUCCUACUGAGGCCCAGCAUUUCAUUUUUGUGUAGGACAUUUAAGUUUGUCUUAGCCCAUAAACGCUGCAGUGGUAAAUCUUGGGGUAUUAUCAGAGGACUCCCUAGACUUUUCAGAGAUACCAAAUGUCCUCUCCUUGGUUUAUAAAUAUUAAUUGAAAUGUAUCACAGUUCAA